CAAUUUCCUCACGAAAUGUCUAGAACUAGAAAAAGAGCCAUGGCAACGUCCAAUGCCGCCAAAGAGGAAACGUCGAAUGGCCGUCGGCUGCUACAGACCCAUAAUAAUAACCCUUGGUGGCUCCUCGCAAGGAAUUUAUUUUGUCUCUUUCUUCUGAGUUUAGUAACAACGGUUGCACUGGUCAAAUUCUUUGCCUCCGUUCAACAUCAACCAGCGUCCAACACAAACGCCAUGUCGUCAAGCGCAUCAAAAAUCAUAGUUUACGGAGGUCGUGGAGCCCUUGGAAGUGCCAUUAUCAAGCACUUUAAAGCCAAGAACUAUUGGGUUGGAAGUAUUGAUCUGGCAAAUAACGAUGAAGCAGAUGCCAACAUCCUGGUGGCUCCUGACUCUUCCUGGACUGAGCAGGAGAAAGCUGUUUUGGAGGAUGUGGCCAAAGUGCUCGAUGGUCAAUCCCUUGAUGCCAUUUUAUGUGUGGCUGGCGGGUGGGCAGGAGGCAAUGCUGCACAUGCUGAUUUUGUCAAAAAUGCAGACCUCAUGUGGAAGCAGAGUGUCUGGUCCUCUGUCCUCGCUUCAGCCAUUGCCUCAAAGCACUUAAAGGAAGGUGGACUGCUAACCCUAACUGGGGCUAAACCAGCUUUGGAAGGCACUCCCGGCAUGAUUGGAUAUGGAAUGGCUAAAGCAGCUGUGCACCAGCUUACAAAGUCCUUGGCUGCAGGGGAUGGUGGUCUACCCAAAGACUCUUCUGUUCUGACCAUCCUCCCAGUCACCUUGGACACGCCAAUGAACCGUAAAUGGAUGCCUAAAGCUGAUCAUUCCACAUGGACUCCUCUUGAAUAUGUUUCAGAGAUGAUGGAGAAAUGGGCGAACAAAGAGGAUAGGCCUGCAAGUGGCAGCCUAGUUCAACUACUUACCGAGACUGGCGUAACUAAAUUGGUGUGUGCUUAAAUUCCAUUUAGGGCCCGAUGACAAGCAGCUACCAAACUUAUUCAUUCUAUCUAAUCUUGCCAAAAAGAUAUUACUGCAUGUGAGUUAAUGUGAUGCUUGCGUAGUUUUGAUUUAUCGUGGUGUUUAAUGGGGUCUUCUAAUUAAUGUUGUCUACAUAUCUACAUUUUAAUGAUGUUUGUUAUGGAAUAAAAAUCACUCAAACGCUCAA